CAAAAAAAAAACAGAUACAAUAAAUCUGCUUAAAGUUUGAUGAAGGGGUGCUAAACCAGGCUCCUCUAUGCUGACGAAAAUAAAAUACACAUAAGCUCAGGGCCGUACCGAUAGGGGGGUGUGGGGGGGUGUCCACCCCCCCAGAUUUUUAAUAUUUUGUCGGUUAAACAGUACAAUGGUAAAUUGUCGGUAAGAUUACAAUAAAUUGUAAUCUUACCGACAACUUUACCAUUAUACUAUUUAACCGACAAAAUAUUAAAAUUAUUAUUUUCUUGUUGUUUCUGUAUUGCAAAAAUGUUUUUAUAUCAUCCUUAACGCUAAUUUUCAAAGCAUAAAAAACUAAUUCUUUUUAGGAAUUUAACGCGUAUAACAAAUAAAACUCAGCUAAGCAUGUUUUUGGUUGCCGUUUUUUAUUCUCAAAAGUUGCGUUACGUAAUUAGUCAACAAUUUCUAAUUACUUUAAAGCAAGAAUCUUAAUCAAGAGACUUGUUUACUUGAUGUUUGCACAGAAGAAAUCAAAGUUUAGUUAGCGGUGUGUUUUUAUUAUUAGAAAUUUGGUACUAGUAUUGGAAGUUUGGCGAAAGAAGUAAUAAACUAUUUUGUUUAUACUUAUUUUGGGUUCAAGAUGCCACAUCCUGGUGUGAAAAGAUACAAAGUCAAAUGCAAAGUCAAGAACUGUUCACAUUCAAUUUUUGAUAAUGACUAUCGGAUGACACAUAAUCGAAUUUAUCAUUUGGAUUAUACCCGAAACCAUAAAGGAAUACCUUAUGAGAAGUAUGGCGCACCACGAAACCCUUUUGAAACCAAUUUGGCAAUAAAUUCCCAAUCGUGCAGCAAAAUAAGUUUGUCUAAAAUUAAUUUCAAUGCCCAAAAACUUUGCCCAAGCAACAUUACAAAUGAAGUGGAAAUGAAUAUCAAUGAAAAUCUGACAAAAAUCUCUGAAGCAAUUGAAAAUGAAUCAUCUGAAAUUGAAUGUGAGAUAAUAAAUGAGAGGAAAAACAUUGAUAUUACUAAUGAUGAAAUACUAGCAGUGCCUGAAAUUUUGGAUUUCUGUGAUCAAACUCUGUUAGUAGAAUCCCAACCGAGUGAUGUUAAUUUAUUGGAAAAAGAAACUACGUUUCAGAUUCGGUGGGUAAAUUUGCAAAGCUGUGUAAAAUUUUAAGUGAGUGCGAAUUAAAACUAGAUGAAGUGAAAAAUACAGACAAUUUACAUUUGGAAAAACUUCUCAUUGAAAUGACAGAGCUUGCUUCUGAGGUAAAAAUUUCAGCAGAGAAUGUUUUGGAUGCCAAUGACCAAGCUCUUGCAAACAUUUUAAACAAAAGAAAUUAUGAUAAUAUUGAAACACUUACUACAAAAAAUUUCUUUCUUUCGCAUGAUCCUGGCCAGCGUUCGAAAAUUGAAAACGAUAAUCUAAGAAACUAUCUAAUUGAGCUUGGACCACAUCAAGUAAAACUUAAUAACUUUCCUAUCAAUAAAGAUAUUGACAAAAGGAAGCAAAAUCUUUUUUCAUCAUUGUGGUACAAAGAAUACCCUCACUUAGAGUACAGCAUACUUAAAGAUAGCGCAUUCUGCUAUGUAUGCUGUCUCUUUCCAAAUGGACCAGGUAGAGAGAAUAGUGAAGUUGCUUGGGUUGAAAACGGUAUCCGCACGUGGCAUAAAAUGAAGAGUCGAGGAAAGAAAGGUAAAAGAGGAAAACUAUCAGAACAUUUUUCAUCAAAAUCUCAUAAAGCUUCAUUAUUAGACUAUUGCAAUUAUUGUAAUAGUGCUCAACAUAUUAAUCUCCUCUUGGACAAGAAACAAAGACAAAUUGUUAUUAGUGAAAAAGAAGAAAUGGAGUCUAAUAAGUGUGUUAUAAAAGUUCUUAUUGAUUUGGCUCGAACAUUGGGUAAGCAAGGAAUCGCGUUUCGUGGAGAUGAUCGGGAUGAAAAUGGAAAUUUUAGACAGUUGGUAUGUUUUAUGUCGAGACAUAAUUUGGUACUUAAACGAUGGUUGAGCAACAUAAAACUUAGAAAAUAUCAUGUGACAUAUAUGAGUGCUAAAUCCCAAAACGACUUCAUUCAUUUGCUUGGACAAGAUGUUCAAAGCAAAAUUGUUUCCGAAGUUAACCAAGCAUCGAUGUUUUUAAUUAUGGCAGAUACAACUCCUGAUGUGUCACACAGUGAUAAGUUAGCAAUUGCUGUAAGGUAUGUGAAUAAUAAAUGUAAUAUUAAAGAAAGAAUUGUGCAGAUAUGCGAGGUAGCUAACAAAACGGGUGAUGGAAUUGCAGAUUUAAUAAUAUCGACAAUCAAUAACCUUCAACUUGAUGUCAAUAGUGUUGUGCUUCAAGGAUAUGAUUACGCCAGCUCUAUGUCCAGCAACAUUAAAGGAGUUCAUGCAAAAAUUUCAGAAAAGUUAAAACGAGUUUUACCUUAUAUUCCAUGUCAAGCUCAUCGAACUAAUACUUUUGUUGAACAUGCGGUUAAAAGAAAUAAAAUGGCUUCAAAUGUCUUUGAAGUUCUUGAAAUGUGCUACGUAUUUAUUUCUUCAAGUACUAAACGAUUCAGCUUAUUUAAUUCUAAACUUGAGUUUAUUGAAAAUUCCUUGAAACUUCGCAAUCUUUCAAAAACUAGAUGGUCAGCGCGUUCAGAAUCCAUUCAAGCAUUUUGGAUAAGUAUGGAAUCUAUUGUUGAAUGUUUUUAUGAAAUAAGUCAGUCCGAUUUAUUUGAUAAGAAAACAAAGGAUCAAGCUUUAGCAAUACUUAAAAAAAUCGUGAAUCCAGACUUUAUCAUUAUGCUUAUGCUUAUCAAAGGAGUCAUUGCAAAAACAAAGAUUCUUACUGAUGAGUUGCAGAAAGUUGAGUUGAACAUUUUAGAUGCUAAAAUGAUUGUAUUGUCUACAAUACAAUUUCUUGAACGAAAUAGAAAAGAAGAAUUUGAAGUACAUUGUGAAAUUGAUGCAGCAAUUAAAAUAUGUAGCAAGUAUGAAAUCGAUGCGUUAAAAAUAUACGAAGAUCGUCAUAGACGAAGAGUAACUCCAAAACGCUAUGAUGACAAUCCUGAUACGCUAUGUUCUAGAAAUAUCUAUCAAUACUACACCCAACAACUUAAUUGCGUGUUAGACUGUCUUAUUUACGAAAUGAAUGAAAAUUUACUGGCUUCAUGGUUGAGCAUUGAACCAUUUUCUCUUCUUCAGCAGUCAACAAAAACCUUUACAAUAAAAGAUGUCGAAAAACUGUGCCUAUUAAUGCCAAAUAAUGGAGUAAAUACAGAUGCUCAUUUAUUUCAUGCAGAGUUAGAAAUAUUUAUGAACACAUUUACUAAAUCUGAUGCUCCAACAAACAAUGAAAAGUUAAAACUGUCGUGGCAAAGACAAAGCAUAUUCCCAGGAGUUUUCAAAGCUUUCAAGCUAAUGGCUUCAGCACCAGUGUCCGUUGCAAGCGAUGAAAGAACAUUUAGCAAAUUAAAAAUUGUUAAAAAUAUUUUGCGUUCUACUAUGUCAGAUGCAAGAUUGGCGUCAGAAAAAGAUUUAGUGGACAAUAUAGAUCUUGACGUGUUGGUAAAAAAAUGGUCUAUAACAACACAAAGACGUAUUCAAAUUGAAUAAUUGAUUAUGCAGUUUUGCGUUUUAUACGUUAACUUUGUUGUUGUUUGUAUAUACUUUUGAAAUACUGUAAAUUUCAUUUGCAUUGUAAAGUUUAUAUAAUCUUUCAGAAAAAAUAUAUUUUAUUUCUUUUAA